AUGACGGACCAUAAACCUUUGGUUUACGCAUUUCAGCAACGGUCAGACAAAGCCUCCCCAAGGCAAUUACGUCAGCUCUCGUACAUAGCGCAGUUCACCACCGCGUUGGAACACCUCGCCGGUUCGGAAAACUUGGUGGCCGACAACUUAUCUCGUAUCGAGGCUCUACGCCUCCCGGUCGAAUUCGAAUUAGUAGACCUUGCCGCUAGGCAAAAAAAGGACGAGGAACUUAAACAUCUCUUGAUCUCGAACUCGUCCUCGUUAAAAUUAAAAAAAUUCAUUUGGGGUGCUUCCAACACAGAGCUAUACUGCAAAUUGUCAACUCCCGACGGGCGUUUCGACCACGUCCACAUGGACAUAGUAGGCCCCUUGCAUCCUAGUAACGGCUUUACGUAUUGCUUAACAAUCAUCGAUCGGUUUUCCCGCUGGCCAGAAGCGAUUCCAAUCCUGGAUAUUACUGCAAAAACAGUAGCCAGGGCAUUUUUUGAUAACUGGGUCGCUCGUUUCGGUGCACCUAACAUUCUCACGACCGAUCAAGGUCAACAAUUUGAAGCGCAGCUCUUCUCAGCCCUUCUCAAAUUAAUCGGAUGCAAACGCAUUCGUACCACGGCUUAUCACCCUGCCGCUAAUGGCAUGAUCGAGCGUUGGCACCGCACCUUCAAGGCGGCAAUUAUGUGCCAUAACACGCCGAACUGGGUGGAUGUCCUCCCUACAGUGCUACUCGGUUUACGCACCCAUUUACGUAUGGACACAAAAGCCUCUCCGGCCGAAUUCUUGUACGGUACGGUAUUACGGAUUCCGGGAGAAUUUUUCCUCGAGGAGGAUUUUACACCGGAUCCCCAAAUCUUUGUAGACGACUUUCGACAGCACAUGCGUCAGGUGAAGCCGGUACCAGUGGCACACCAUUAUAAAAAGCGCGUUUUCCAAUUCAAGGAAUUGUCGAAGUGUUCGCAUGUCUUCCUCC